AUGGACGCGUCGGCGCGGCCCUUCGGCUACGGCAGCAAGAGGAUCGGCUGCAACGGCGACAUGGGCUGGCUCGAGUACAUCCUGCUCUCCGUCCGUUCUGGCUCCGUCGCCGCCGCCUCCCUGCCGCCGUCGCUCCGGGCUGCGCUGGAGGAGUACACGGACGCGGUGCGCGGGGUGGGAGCGCGGGUGCUGGAGCUCAUGGCGCAGGGGCUCGGCGUCGCGGAGGAGCACCGCGGCGUGCUGCGGCGGAUCGUGGCCGCGCCGGACGACGCCGGAGGGGCUGACGAGAUGGUGCGCGUGAACCAUUACCCGCCAUGCCCCUCCCCCGUGGCGUCGGGGCUGCGCGGCGUGACGGGGUUCGGGGAGCACACGGACCCGCAGAUCAUCUCCGUGCUCCGCUCCAACGGCACCGGGGGACUUCAGAUCAUGCUGCUGGACGGCCGCUGGGUCCCUGUGGCCCCCGACACCGAUUCCCUCUUCGUCAUCGUCGGGGACUCCCUCCAGGUGCUGACGAACGGGCGGUUCCGGAGCAUGAAGCACCGGGUGGUGGCGCCGGCGGAGGGGCAGCAGUCGCGGCUGUCGGUGAUCUACUUCGGCGGACCGGCGCCGACGCAGCGGAUCGCGCCGCUGCCGGAGCUGAUGCGGGAAGGGGAGCAGAGCCUGUACAGGGACUUCACCUGGGCCGAGUACAAGACGGCGGCCUACAAGUCCCGGCUCGGUGACCACCGCCUCGGCCCCUUCGAGCUACCUGCCGCAGCCGCCGCCCAAGAGUCCACUACCAAGGCCGGCCACCACUGUAUCAGCAACGCCGCCGUCCAGGCGCCGGCGCCGGCGCCUCACGUGGCACGAGUGCACUAG